AUGAGUCUUGGUGACUUAAUCCCCCAGCUAGCGGGUCUCACAUCGAACCCGCCCGGUCAGCUACCCGUGGAACUCGGCGGGCAAAACUUCACUCAUUGCUGUCUCCUCGCCCUCAACGACUCGCUAACCAUCCGCUCCGACGGGAAUUUAUCCUAUGCGCCAACCUCCUUCAUAGCUUCGGGGGUCCCUAUCGCAGACUUCGAAGGCGCAAUAGAGGCCGGCCAGUUCCCGUGCGGCGCGACCUUCGAUGGGGAUCUAGGCGGAGCGCCUGUGGUGAGCGUGCCAUACGGAUGGUGCUCGGCGCAGUGUCCCGGGUGGGAGGUCUCGCGGCGGGAUGCAAUGCAGCAGUGGAUCGGGCCCUUGGUGCAGUUCAUCGUGCCGAGCCUCGCCUUCUGCAGCAACGUGCCCCGCACGCGGAAGCUGCGCAUCCCCGAUAUCGUUUUUAAGGCGCACCCGCGCACGGUCGUCGGCCUGCUCACGUACUGGAUCAGGCUGCUCGGCGCUCUCGUGCUCAUGACCAUCGAUACCGUGGUCUGGCUCGCCAUCUGCUUCGCAUUCGCGGGCCCUAUGCUGUUGAGCGCGGUCUACGAAUAUGCACUUGACAGAAAAGUUCUCGAGUUCUUGGCUCCGCCGAAUCAAAAGCCACUUGAUAUACCGGUACGACUGAGAGCACAGUUGUUGCUGGCUGUCGUCAUUGGAAACCUCCGCAUGGCUACUCUCGAGAUGGAAGAUGCAGAGAGUGUUGAAACUGAGAGUAGCAUGAGCUCUAGCAACCUGAAGGAGAACAAAACUGGCAAGGGUCGUGCUAGAUGUAGGAUGGUGCAUAACAGCAUUUGGAAGAGAGUCAUGACAAUGGUGGAUGAGCACGAGGGGGAUAUAGAAGUUGGGAACCAACGUGAUGGUGUUGUAUCGUUGUCGACCAAGCUGAAAGCAUUGCUCAACUCACAAACUAGUUUUGGUUCGACAAUAGGGGCUCCAAUCCUGUUCUUCGUCGGCAGCUUCAUUUAUACCGUAUUGGACGCCGAUAGCAACCUAGGCGAUAAUGACACUGCCCAUGCUCUUGCCUUUGGCCUAUGGUGGAUGGUGAUCCCCUAUCUAGCUAUGAUAUCUUGUGCGAUGCUAGCACCCAACAGUCCCAGUACACUACACGGCAUCGUGUGUGAUGGCGGUAACUCUGUCCGAAUGGACAAAUACGAAUUGAGCUUCUGGAAGCAACAUUGGAUGAAAAUCAAAGGCUACAAGGGCCUCAGAUUCAUCGUUACACAACUUGAAGGUUAUAGCCCAAUGGAAACUCCCUUUGAAGGGCGAUUUCGUACCGUUAAGCUGUGGAAGCGUGGCCUCAAUAAGCGUCAAUGGGUCCAGGAGGCGAUUAACGAUUAUCUCGUCCCAAAUAACUGCCGAGAGGGAGAGGGAUCGGACCGGAUACCGGAAGCCGAGCUGCGCAGACACCUUACGCUGAACUGCCUAGAUUGCUCCUAUGUCCUAAUUGUGUCUUUAUUUGCAGUGCUGACACCCAGCGCACUCGCAUUUCUCACUUCUUAUACCACGCCCCAGGCUGGGCUUUCAUGCCGUAGUUUGACAUAUUUGAUCUACGCCAUUAGCCAGGCAUGCGAGAUGGCCCUAUGGACAUUCGCCGCUAGGCUUAGGAUCCGGUAUGGCACGCUCUGGUCGGAGGUGAACCCCAUCGUGAAAAGGAUCUGCUGGUGGGGUCAGGUAUUCGUAGGGUUUUUCGCCAUAUUUGCCGCUGUGGGUGGCACUCUUAUGCAACUCGUGGGGGUGUACCGUAGUUGCGCUUGCCAGGUACCAGCCGCGCAUUGGCCACGACUAAGCGAUUCGGUAUAUGUAGUGCUGAGCGAUAAUACUGCCGCGGAUAUAGACGCUGCGAAGCGCUGGUGGAAAAUUACUGGUAGUACGGGUGUAGGCAUCGCUGCACUGGUGUGUGCGUUGGCGUGGUGGCAUCAACGGCGACUGCGGAGGGUAUUUCGCGACGAAGCUGACAAAUUGGCUAAUGAGAAUAUGCAGUGCCAUGCUGCGGAAGUCCAUCGCAGUCUCUGUUCAAACCUGGCCACCCCUUUUCGCGACAUUGAGACCAUAUGA